CCGCCCAGACGAGGCACGGCACGGGCACACGAGAGAGCUCGCACUGCUUUUGCGCCUAUUACUCACACAUCAUCCAUUCCUUCUUCCAUCCCUACCCCGUCCUCUCGCUACCCGCCCAUCACCACCACGCAGCACAUCCAACUCCAGCACCGUCACGCUGGCAGAAAGACUCAAAUCCAUUGCCUCGGCCGCCAUCUCCUCCAUCCUCCCGCACAGCGUCGAGACGAGCAACCCGCACACCAUCAUGCCCGCCGCCAGCGCCGAGACCGAGCAAGCGGCCUUCGAGGCCGAGGUCAAGGAGAUUGAGCAGUGGUGGAAGGAGUCGCGAUGGCGGUACACCCGGCGCCCCUACACCGCCGAGCAGAUUGCCAACAAGCGCGGCAAUUUGAAGAUUGAGUAUCCCAGCAAUGCCAUGUCGAAGAAGAUGUGGAAGAUUGUGGAGAAGAGGUUUUCCGACCGCGAUUGUAGCUACACCUACGGAUGUCUCGACCCCGUCAUGGUCACGCAAAUGGCCAAGUACCUCGAUACCGUCUACGUCUCCGGAUGGCAGUCGUCCAGCACUGCGUCGACCAGCAACGAACCCGGCCCCGAUCUCGCUGAUUACCCCUACACCACCGUCCCCGAGAAGGUGGAACAUCUCUUCAAAGCGCAGCUCUUCCACGACCGAAAGCAGCGUGAAGAGCGCUUGACGACGCCCGCGUCGGAGCGAUCAAAGGUCGCCAACACCGACUUCCUCAACCCCAUUGUUGCCGAUGCCGAUACCGGACAUGGUGGUAUCAGUGCCAUUAUGAAGCUCACCCGCUUGUUCAUUGAGAAGGGCGCGGCCGGAGUCCACAUUGAGGACCAGAUGCCGGGAACGAAGAAGUGUGGGCAUAUGGCUGGCAAGGUUUUGGUGCCCGUUAGCGAGCAUAUCAACCGCUUGGUGGCCAUUCGAGCCCAGGCCGAUAUCAUGGGAUCUGAUCUUCUGGCCAUCGCAAGGACAGACGCUGAAGCCGCCACUCUUAUCACCAGCACCAUUGACCCCCGAGACCACGCCUUCGUCCUUGGCGCCACCAAUCCCGCUCUCCAGCCCCUUAACGAUCUCAUGAUCGCCGCCGAGCAAGCAGGCAAAUCCGGCCCAGACCUCCAAGCCAUCGAGGAUGCCUGGACGGCGCAAGCGGAUCUCAAACCCUUCGACCAGGCCGUAGCAGACACCAUCCGCGCCGGCGUGCAUGUCGACAAACAGGGUCUGAUUGAGGAGUACACCAAGCAAGCCAAGGGCAAGAGCAAUGCCGAAUGCCGAUCGAUCGCCAAGGGCCUCGUGGGCGUCGAUGUCCACUUCGAUUGGGAUGCGGCGAGGACGAGGGAGGGCUACUACCGCUUCCACGGCGGUUGCCAGCCGAGUGUGGUGCGGGCCAUCGCUUUCGCCCCGUACGCCGACCUCAUCUGGAUGGAGAGCAAGAAGCCCGAUUUCGCGCAGGCAAAGGAGUUUGCCGAUGGCGUGCAUGCCGUUUGGCCGGAGCAGAAACUCUCCUACAACCUCUCCCCCAGCUUCAACUGGAAAGCCGCCAUGGAGCCCAAAGAGCAAGAGACCUUCAUCAAGCGCCUCGCCACCCUCGGGUACUGCUGGCAGUUCAUCACGCUCGCCGGCCUGCACAGCACCGCGCUCAUCUCCAACUCGUUUGCGCGCGACUACGCGAAGCGCGGCAUGCGCGCGUACGGCGAGACGGUGCAGGAGCCGGAGAUGGAGCAGGGCGUUGAGGUCGUCACGCAUCAGAAGUGGAGCGGGGCCAACUACAUUGAUAACUUGUUGAUGUUGGUGCAGGGUGGGGUGAGCAGUACUUCUGCUAUGGGCAAGGGGGUGACGGAGGAUCAGUUCAAGUGA